CGAUGGCGCAGAGAACAGAGAAAGAAGAGACGGAGUUCAAAGUACUCGAAACCUUGACGACGACAACAACACCAACAACAACGGCGGCGACGCUAUGUACCAAUAACUGCGGCGUUACAGCAAAUCCAGCGACGAACAACAACAUGUGUCAGAAAUGUUUCAACGCUUCCCUCGUCUCCGCGACAACCGGUGUUGUUGUCGUUGAUUCCGGUUCUUCUUCGGUCUUGAAGAGAUCAGCUAGAUCCGUUAAUCUCCGGUCGUCGCCAGCUAAAGUCGUGAUUCGUCCACGAGAGAUCGAUCCGGUUAAGAGAGAUCAACAGAUCGUUAACCGAUGUUCCGGUUGUCGGAAGAAAGUCGGGUUGACCGGAUUCAGGUGUCGUUGCGGUGAACUUUUCUGUUCCGAACACCGUUACUCCGGUCGUCAUGAUUGUAGCUACGACUACAAAACCGCCGGACGUGAGGCGAUCGCUAGAGAAAACCCGGUCGUCAAGGCGGCUAAGAUGGUCAAAGUUUGAAUUUUUAUUCGAUCUCAAAAACCGUUUGAUUGAUUGAUUUAAAAAAAACUUGUGGUGGCCGGUGGUUCAAAAAGCUCCGAUCUAAGAGAUGCUCGGAGAGACAUCGAUUUGAUUGAUAUGGUGGUGGCUGUGUUGUAAAACGAAAGAUCAGAGAGAGAGCUUCCUCCUCCCUCCUCUGUUCAAUCAAAAUCUGAACCUCAUUUUUUUUUCUCUUUUUAUUUUAUUUAAUUUGCUUAAUUAUAUAUUAGUGAAUGAUUAUUAUUAUAAUUAUCAUUAUUGUGGCUUUACGAAUUCAUGAAUUUGCUUUCUUUCGGAUGUAUGAUCUUCUUCUUGAUGAUCCAUCGAGAAAUGUGUAUGUAGGAUUCGGUAGAAACGAAAAGGGGUGGUUUGGUCAUUUUUAGCAA